AUGCACGUCGAAAAUAUCAAGGAUGCCAUGAAAAAGAAUGCUCAAAGGGCUAGGUCGAUGAAUGCAAAACUAUAUUCUCGAAACUUGGAAUCUUUUCAAGUGAUAGAGUACAUCGAUCAUCAGUCGGGGAUCCCGCUACGGUCUUACGGAGUUGAUAUCCGAAACAGGCGGUGUCAGUGCAAGAUGUUUGAAACACUACGGUACCUGUGUGUGCAUGUGGUUGUAGCGUGUGCUACCUAUAGUUUGAAUGUUGAACAAUAUAUUGACGAUGUGUACACGCUUGAACGUACAUUGCGUAUUUUAGGUAAUGAGUUUUCCGUAUUAAGGGAUGUAUCGAUAUGGGAAGUGCAACCGCUUAAGUUCGAGAUGUUGCCAGAUCGGUCACUACAUAGGAAAGUCAAAGGUCGACCGACAACAACAAGGAUUCGGAUGGAUAUCAGAGAACAAGUCUAUCCAAAGCAUUGCACCAUAUGUAGAACAGUUGGCCACAAUUGGAGCAAGUUACCCCAUGUAAAUGUCUAUACUGGUCAAUCUUCACGGUCUAAAGGAAAUUAA